AUGGGAGCACAGAGCCUGGCAGUGGCUUGCGGGGUGCUGGCUUUGUGCCUGACACUCGCUGAGGCCACCAACCCCGGCUUCGUGGUGAGGAUCACCGAGGCAGGCUUCAAUAUGGAACUUCGUAAUUUCUAUUUGGCGAACUCGCGGAUUUCUCUGGUCCCCAGCAUGGGCCCACAGCUCUCCAUCUCCAACGCCUUUGCUGAUGUGAAUGGGAACUGGCAGGCAAAGAAAAAAAUCAAAAUCCAUGGUUCAUUUCAUGUGAAGUUGCAGGAUGUCAAUAUCAAAGUCAACCUGAAACUGGGAAACGAUGCCUCUGGGAAACCCACCAUUGACACAUCUUCUUGCACCAUCUACAUCUCCAAAGUCCGAGCAAAACUUUCAGGCAAGUUAAGCAAGAUUUACAACCUCUUCCAUAAAGUUAUUGAGUCCAAAUUAAAGAAAUUCUUGGAGAAAAAGACCUGUGAUAUCGUGGCCAAGUCUGUGCGCAGUGACCUCCAGCCGUACGUCCAGACCUUGCCAGUCACAGCCAAGAUAGAUGCCAUUGCUGGCGUUGAUUACUCCUUGGUGGGACCUCCGAUGGCUACCACCCAGUCCCUGGACGUGCCAAUGAAGGGUGAAUGCUAUUCCCUGGCCCAACGCUCCGCCGUCCCCUUCUCUCCACCGGCACUGACUUUGCCCCCGGAUCACGACCGCAUGGUUUACUUUGGGGUCUCCAGCUAUUUCUUCAACACAGCCAGCUUUGCCUACCACAAAUCUGGAGCGCUGGUCUUCGAAAUCACGGACUCCAUGAUCCCAAAGACUGUUGAGUUCCACUUGAAGACCACCACCUUCUCAGCCUUUAUUCCCCAGCUGGAAGAGAAGUACCCAGACAAAGAGAUGAAACUCAAGGUAUCUGCCCCUUCCGCCCCAUUCCUGAACAUUGGACCAGGAGGUCUCUCACUCCAACCUGUCGUGGAUGUCGAGGCUUAUGCCAUUGUUCCUGACUCCAGCCCAGCUCCUCUCUUCCUCCUCAGCCUGACAGGCAACGUGUCCGCUGUCAUCAGCGUGAAAUCUGGCCACAUCAUUGGGAACCUGACUAUGGAUGGGAUGAAGCUUUCACUGAAGCGAUCAGAUGUUGGUGAUUUCCAGGUGGAAACACUGCAGCCCACAAUGAACAUCUUUGCUUCCAAUAUCCUCGUCCCACAUAUUAAUGACAGGUUAGGUCAAGGUUUCCCUCUGCCUCUGCUGGACAGAAUGCAGCUCUCCGAUAUCAUCGUGCAGUUUCACCAGAAUCUACUGCUGCUUGGAGCAAACGUUCAGUAUCAGCCCUGGGUAUAGAGAUAAGGUGACAAGAAGGACCUCAAGCACCAAUGAUGCCCCCUUUGCCUCUUCCCUCCACCCGGCCCCCAGCAGUUCUGCUGCAGUGUCCCUCGCUGCCCGCCUUGCCCUGGACCACAGCCAGGGACAGAAGCCUCCCCAGGCCCCCAACCCUGUGUCCCAACUGGGCCUCACCCAGUGCUACUGAGAGUUGGGGGUCUC